GCGCAGGCUCGUGAGGGGUGAUUCCUCAAUACUGUGUAUGGGUGACUCAAACUCAGGACUCGCUUGUUGAGAUUUUGUUACUGGAGUUUGACACGAAUGUGUGUGUGUGUGUGUGUGUGAGCUCUGGUCUCUGUGAAGCUGAAGGACAUGGAGGCGUUCACCAUCAAGAGUCGCAUUAAAAGCCUCCUGCGCUCACCGUCCGUCCGGCUGAGGAAGAGGAGCAGAGACGAGCUGAGGAGACAGCAGGUGACGUUAGAGAAGGUUCUGGGCAUCACGACCGCAGGGAACAGCGGUUUAACAUGCGACCCGUCUUCAGGAACCAUCGCUUAUCCAGCUGGGUGCGUCGUUGUGUUACUGAACCCGGCCAAAAACACACAACAGCAUCUCAUCAGCUCCUCCAGGAAAGCCAUCAGCACACUGUCCUUCUCGUCCGACGGCCGGUUCCUCGUCACUGGAGAGAGCGGUCAUCUGCCCGCGGUGAGCGUUUGGGACGUGUCCGAGGGGACGCUGGUGUCGGAGAUGCUGGAGCACAAGUACAGCGUCUCCUGUGUGGCGUUUUCACCAAACGGCAAAUACAUCGUGAGCGUCGGAUCACAGCACGACAUGAGCCUGAACCUGUGGGACUGGAAGAAGCUCACUCUGCUAGCUGCUAAUAAGGUGUCCAGUAAGGUGACUUCGGUGUCGUUCUCGGAGGACGGCUCUCACUUCGUCACCGCGGGGAACAGACACGUCCGCUUCUGGUAUCUGGAACCCUCACACUCCCAUAAGCCGGUGCCGCUGAUGGGCCGCUCUGCGCUCCUCGGGGAAAUGCAGAACAACUUCUUCUGUGGUGUGGCGUGUGGACGCGGGCCGAGGUCCGACAGCACCUUCUGCAUCACCUCCUCAGGACUGCUGUGUGUGUUCAGCGGCCGGAGAGUUCUGGAGCGCUGGGUCCAUCUGCAGACGAGUUCGGCUCAUGCUCUGACGGUGACGGAGGAUCUGAUCUUCUGUGCGUGUGCCGACGGAACCGUACGCGUCUUCAGCCCGUCGGACCUGCAGUUCAUCUGCUCUCUGCCCCGCCCACAUCACCUGGGCAUCGAGGUGUCCGGCGUCACACAGUCCAGCAGAAAGCCUGAUGCCCGUUACCCAGACUCGGUGGCGGUGACCUUUGACCCUGUGACCCGCUGGCUGUCCUGUGUGUAUAACGAUCACAGUUUAUACGUGUGGGACGUGCGAGAUGUGCAGAAGGUGCGCAAAGUCCACUCGGCGCUGUAUCACUCGGCCUGCGUCUGGGAUCUGCAGAUGUUCCCCACGGACGGCUCGCAGGCGUUCGGUUCCUCUGAGCCGCUGGUCAGCUGUUCCUCGGACGGCACCGUCCGUAUCUGGAGGUCAGACGCGGCUCACAGCGCCGGCCCGCUGAGCAACGAUCUUCUUCACGUCCUCUACAUGAGCGACGACACCGCCGCCCUGCUGGACGCGGAGGGAACUGCGCUCACCGACGGCUCGAGCGGCAUCAGGAGCAUCAGCGUCAGUCCUGACGGGAGACACCUGGCGUCCGGAGACCGAAGCGGCACGCUGAGGAUCCAUGACCUGACGUGUAUGAAGGAGAUCCUGAGAGCUGAAGCGCAUGAGUCCGAGAUCUCCUGUCUGGAAUACUCCAGUCCUCACACAGGAAUGAACCUGCUGGCCACAGCGAGUCGAGACCGGCUGAUCCACGUGCUGGAUGUUGAGGAAGACUACGGUCUGCUUCAGACUCUGGAUGAGCACUCGUCCUCCGUCACGUCCGUACGCUUCGCCGCCAGUGACGGGAAGUUGAGGAUCAUCAGCUGCGGAGCGGAUAAGAGUCUGUACAUCCGAACCGCACACAGGACUGUCAGAGGAACCGCGUUCAAACAGACGCAUCAUGUGGUUCGGAAAACGACUCCCACUGACAUGGACGUGGAUCCCUCCGGCAAGUACGCAGCCGUCGGCUGUCAGGACCGCAACGUCAGAGUGGUCAGCAUCAGCAGCGGGAAACAGAAGAGAUCUUUUAAAGGCUCGCAGACUGAAGACGGCAGUUUGCUGAAGGUUCGGAUGGAUCCGUCGGGUCAGUACGUGGCCACCAGCUCCUCCAAUAAGAGCAUCAGCCUGUUGGACGUCCAGACCGGAGAGUGUGUGGCCGCCGCGUUCGGACACUCAGAGGUCGUCACGGCUCUGAGCUUCAGCAGCGACUGCAGGCGUCUGGUGUCGGCUUCAGCGGACAGCUGUGUGUUUGUGUGGCGACUCGCUCCGGAGCUGACCAGCAACAUGAGGGAGCGACUGUCGGAGCGCAGACGUCGUCCCAGCGGCCCGAGCGCUAGAAGCAAUCCCUUCAGACGGUCCGCGAGUGGAUUCACACUGCGCAGAUCUCCAUCCAUCACGAGCUGCUCGUCUGACACUCACCGAGAGGAAGAUGAUGAUGAUGAUGAUGUAUCCGUGACCUCACCAGAGAGACGGAAGGACCACGGUCAGCGUGAGGGCAGUGUUGAGGAGGCGAUGGGUGCGUCUGAUGAAGGACACGAGGGGAACCCGGUGAAGGGCCCGGGUGUGUGUCGGCCCCGCCGGCGCUGGUCCUGCCGCUCUGGGUCUGUGGAGCUCAUGGUGAAGUCCAUGCUGGAGUUACGGCAGCUCGAUGCUCUUCCUGACGGCGCCGGGCAGAACCGAAGCGGCGCUGGCCACCGGGGAAGCUCCUCCAGCCUGCAGGAUUGGCGUAACCGGCGUGCGGUUCGUCCUGUCUCGGCGUGGCUGCUUCCCGCCAGCGCUCCGGAGCCGGACGGGGUCGUGUUGUACCCGGAUUACUGUCAGAUCGAGGCCCAGAGUCCCGUCAGCGGCGCCUCCGUGGGUUACGGCAGCGGCGGAUCCAGUCCAGAUCACAGACGCCACGAUGAGCGGCUCGGCUCUGAUGACGAUCCGGAUGAAGCGUCAGACACGCGGAGGCCGGCAGACGGGAUCUCGGCCCGUUUCCAGACCUCCGUCUCCUCCGGCAGGACGGGCGGUGUGUUUCUCCAUCAGCCGGCGGUGAAGCGGAGCGUCAGACCCCUGAUGGAGAUCAUGGAUCGGGAUCUGGACCAGCGCUGCGUCUCCCUGAGGAGUGACCCGUACACCAGCAGCACUCCUGCUCGCCUGCACAGAUCUGCUUCAGCUCUCCAUCCGGCCACUGACGUUCAAAAGUCCCGUCUCCAUCGAGAGGCGCGUCCCAGCCUGUCUAAGCUGAGUUUGGAGAGGAUCGAUGUCCUCCACUCGCGCUCCUACAUGAGCCCCACUACCAGCUCCAGGGCCAAGGUCAGCCGGUGCGUUUCCAUCGGCGACGACCUCCACGUGACCCUGCCGUUCCAAAACGCUCCAGCCAAACUAAAACCUCGUGCCUGUCAGCGCCUGAGCAGCCCGUUUGCUGAGUGGCCGAGCAGAUCCAGCUCUCCUCGUGCUGACCCGGGGUCAUCAGGGGACGUGACCUCUGACCCGCAACAGCGUCCUCAAGCGGCAGUGAAGGCUUUCUCUGUGACGUCUGAGGAUCAAGGUUCCUCUUCCUCUAGCAUGAUUAAUUCAAUGAAAUCCACAUUUAUUUGUGUAGCGCUUUUC